AAGUAACCUACAAACAAAAUUGCACAAUACUCGCUAAGGAUCGUUUGCGUCCAUUUUACGUCCGAACCUUAUCCGCAACGGUUAUCAUUACUAUUUACAGUUUGUUUAUUAUCGUUUAGAGUUUUUACUAAAGUAAUUAUGAUUAGAAGUAGUAAUUUGUUACUGAAUGUGCGCAUGUGUUUCUAUGGCGCUGCACUUUUGCAUUUAGUGUUCGCGGCAUUGGUGAUUCUGCCAAUUGAUAUGUCAAAUGAUGAAGACCCUCGAGUUAGUGUUUACAUCCGAGUGCGGUGGAAGCUGCUCACUUGCUGGUUCAAUUUGCUGUCAAUCGCCUACAUGCCGAUCGCUCUGUACUGCGACUGGAAGGAGAAACAGGGGGAAUGGGACAAAGAAAAUGUGAGAACUUUUAGGAAAAUACGGGACUUCAUGAUGACCAGCAUUUUAUUUCCUACUACAAUGUACAGUGACUACUUCUUCUGGCGCAUGUGGACCAAGGAUCCGGCUCUGAUAGCGCCAGUGGCAAUUUUCAAGUACCUCCCACCCUGGGCGCACCACUCCCUGCACACCGUGUCAGGAGUCAUGGUGCUCCUGGAUAUACUGUUCCUGCCAAGGAAGAGACCAAAGAGCAUUCUACCCGGCUUGAUGGGGUUGGUUGCUUUUUGCAGUUUAUAUUCUGCUGUUCUCGUGAUAAGUUACUACAGCGGCGAGGUCGUGUAUAGCUUCUUGGAGAUCUUCAGCCGAUCGCAGUUGUGCCUGCUAGGGCUCCUGGCGUUCACUGAACAAGUCUUCUUCUACACGCUGCAGUGGUGCAUCAUUGAUCUGGUGUGGGGCAGGCCAAGAGAUACGAUAGUGAAGAAACUAGACUAAUUUUAUUUUAGUUAAUUAGCUAAUGACUGCAACGUUUAGGUUUUUUUAAUCCCAUGGAAACUCUUUGAUUUUCCGGGGUAGAUAAUAUGUGUCCAUCGGCAGAAUUCGUGCCAGAUUUGUCAAGAUUGGUUCUGCAGUUGAACCGUGAAUAGUUAACUAACCGACCGACAGACAGACAGACACACGCACUUUCGCAUUUAUAAUAUUAUUAUUCCUAUUAUUUAUUAUAAAUAUAGACUCAAUAAUAAAAUUUCAUGAUCAAAUGCAAUAUUGCAUAUUUUAUGUCUAUAUGUUGAUUAAAAUCAAAAGUCUAGAAGUUAGUAUAGAUAUACUUAUUACUUUACUCAUUAUUUAUAAGAUACUCAUACCUACGCACCACAAACAGAUACACAGGAGUUUCACUUAUAGAAAUAUAAUUUAAUUGAUCUGAAAACGCCAUUUUGGAAUAAGCCGUAAGCGACACGAGGUUAGUAAAACAAACGAUUUAAGCUAUACUUUCAUAACAAAAUAUGUACCAUUAUUAUUACUUACCAAACUUUUACUAUAUUUUUAUAUUUUGUUAUAAGCACCCUACCUAGCUUUACUUCAUUAAUAUAAUACCUAAGGUAAAAAGAAACAAAUGAUUAUAAAAGGAUAAUAAAUAACAAAACAAAUAAAUUUUCGUGUUUUAUUGUACAAAAAGUAGACUAUAAAAUUAUGUAAAAUAUAUCACCAUAAAUUGGAAUACCUAGUUACUUCAAAAGCUGCGUCCAAACUGACCGAGUAAGGCCUGAACAGGGCGGGAGUCAUUUUGUCGGGUGUAAACAUAGCUCGGGUUACAUCAGCCGUUUGUUGCCAAAGCCAAGCAUGGCACGAAUAUGGUGCC